AAUAAAUACUGGUUGCUCUUGUCACAAGCAAUCACCAACACAUUUGUCAUGUUGUUAUUCACUUUACUUGCGGUUUGCUUGGUGUCGUAUGCCAGCUGCGAUCAAGCCACAGAUGAGCUUGCCGCCAAUUUUGAGAGCACUCUUCUUGCUGUUCCCAAGUCCAAAUGGCCCACUGAGUUCACACAGAAGUUUAGCUUGACUUCCAACUAUGGAGGAAAUGGAGGAAAUUGGUGCUGCAAAGAUCCCAGAAGUGGAGGUAUGGUUCCUGCCAAGACAGUUACGGCCAAGAAAGUGGGAGUUGUAUACAAAUUAGAACAGCGACAAGUUAAGAUCGGUUAUAUAAAGGGAAAUUGCAUGUGGAGCAAUUGUGUAGCUUACGGCAUGAGAUCUUUUGUACGUACAGAAUACAUAUACAAGGAAGAAUUAGUAACUGCCCAGAAACCCUGCAAUACUGCCAAAAGAACUGAACUUACAUGCUGCCUUGGUUAUGUCAAAAUCUUAAACUACUGCCUGGAGCGAUCCUGGGUGGCGAAGAACGAUGAUCUUAUUAGAAGAAUGCAAGAUUUGAACAAAAGGGGGUAAAGAGCCUAACAUUCCAAUGUACUUGUACUCUAUUUAUAAGAAUAAAAUGUAUUGCAUAGAAUA